AUGUCGCUAACGUCUCUCCCCCAGGAGCUCCUGCUCCUGAUUGCAGAUCCCUUUCUAUCAGAGAAAGAUCUGAACGCCGUGUCUCGUACCGCCCGCGUCCUAUAUGGGUCCCUCAAUUCACUUCUCUACCACCAACACGUCCAACAAUCUCACGGUCGGAAUGCUUUGAUCUACGCCGCACAAACCGGGCAUACCGCGACGAUCCAUCACCUUCGUGCCGCUGCAGCUUCCUUGAAAGCUUUCACGACUGCUCUGGAGCCUAAUGACGCCGAUGAUCUGCCCACCCUCGACCCAGACGGGCGCGACCCGCAUUUCCAACUUUCGCCACUCGCCUGGGCUGCGAUCCACGGCCACGUCUGA